AUCUAUAUUAUAUUAUGGUGGUAAGAAACUGAGGCAUUCAUGUGGGAAGCAAAUAGUAGGAUCCUAUAGAUUUGAGAGCUCAUCCCUUCUCUUUUAAACAGCCUCUAUGAGCAUUGCAGAGAGUUGAAAAAAAAAAAAAAAAGAGAGAGGAGAAGAGAAAGAGGGGAUAAUAGAUAAUAGAGCAAAAAAGCUCAAAGAUAUAAGAGAGAAAUUAUAUAAAAGUAAUACACAAAAAAGAGAAAAGAAAAUGGUUUCUAGGGAGCACAAGAGAGCAGCACUGCAUGAGAAGCUUCAACUUCUUCGUUCCAUUACAAACUCUCAUGCUGUGAAUAAAACAACAAUCAUUGUGGAUGCAUCAAAGUACAUUGAAGAGCUAAAACAGAAAGUAGAAAGAUUGAAUCAAGAUAUAUCAGCUGCACAAACUUCAAAUGAUCAAAAUCCAUUGCCUAUGCAGGUUACAGUAGAAACACUAGAGAAGGGUUUUCUUAUAAAUGUAUUUUCAGAAAAGAACUGCCCUGGUCUACUUGUUUCUUUAUUGGAAGCCUUUGAAGAACUGGGUCUUAAUAUUCUUGAAGCUAGGGUUUCUUGCACUGAUAGCUUUCGAUUACAAGCAGUUGGUGGAGAAAAUGAAGAACAAAGUGAAUCUAUUAAUGCACAAGUGGUGAAACAAGCAGUGUUGCAAGCUAUUAAGAAUUGGAGUGAGGGUACUGAUCAACAGGAGUAAAUGGAUUUUUUGUUGUUAUCUAUUAACUUUCUUUUUCAUGCUUUUGUUUUUUUCAUAUGUACCUUAUUGGCAAUGUCGUUUAAUCAAAAAUUAAUCUCAAAUAUUGAGUGAAGUUUACCAAAA